AUGACUUAUGAUAGGUUUGAUACGCCUUUAACAAAAGAUUUAGUUGUAUUCAGAUUUUAAACUGUUAAUGGCCCUUAAAUUAACUCAAAAGACAAAAUAUUUUUAGUUUAUAUUGCUUGUUUUUAUAACAUUUCUCUAAAUAUUAAUUAAUUCCUUCAGCUUGAUGUUACUUAAUGUAUAAAACCUAAUCUUUAAGGUUUCUAUUGCUUGGACUUUUCAAAAGUCUCAAAACACACUUCAACUCUAAGCAAUAAUGAAAGCAUCUAAUCUAAAAUUGAGAUUUUCACUUAUGGAUGUUUGGGUAUAGAUAGCAUCAAGACGACUGUUCCAAAAAGCUGCACUAAUUAAACUAAAAUAGAUAAUUAGAUAAAUGGCUUUAAUUCUAUCCUAAGAUUUAUAAUAUAUAUUUUAUCAUAAAUUGAGUCAAGUUACAAAGUUACAUGA